GGACUUAGUUGUUGUGAGCUGUGUGCGGACUAUUGAAUCCAAUACCCGAUCCGCAGUCAGCUCUAUCGAGCGUGGGGAAAAACGGGAGAAAACGUGAAAGAACGCUAAGUUUCAACUGGCCCCGAGUUUGCACCAAAGAUUAACGCAACGAGAGAUCAAACUGGUAAAAUAAUUGAGAAUAUCAACCAUGAGCGCGCGUACCAGACAGACGACUUCGUCGUAGGAUGCGAUAGAGUAUCCCGGUGGGCCCUUAGGCCAUAAGGCCUUCUGGCAGGGCCAAUGCCUGUCAAUAGGCAGACGAGCCCGGUGGGGCUCGGCCCAAACGGAGAGAGCCAACCAACGGGCACUCCGUCCGGCUACAUAAGUCCGAAGUUCGACCUCUUCACAUCUGCCGGCACAUUCAAACAUGUUCUAGCCUACUACCGACAGAUGACAGACCUCCUCCAGCUGACCGCGGCUCCAAUCAAUCAAUUUUAUCCCAAAUUGAAGGCCAAAGUAGACACAUGGAAAGCGAGGAACCUUUGGGCUAAAUUAGAUAAGCGAGCCGCACAAAAAGAAUAUCAGAAAGGCCGCGCUUGCGAGAACACACGAGUUCUCAUCAUUGGUUCGGGUCCCGUUGGUCUCCGAACGGCCAUCGAAGCGCAACUCCUGGGGGCGAAGGUCGUCGUGAUAGAAAAGAGAGACCGCUUCUCGCGGAACAACGUUUUGCAUCUCUGGCCAUUCGUCAUCUCCGACUUGAGACAAUUAGGAGCCAAGAAAUUCUUCGGGAAGUUCUGUGCCGGCAGCAUAGACCACAUAUCGAUCAGGCAGUUACAGCUCAUAUUGGUCAAGGUUUGCCUGCUGCUGGGCGUGGAGAUCCACGAAAAUGUCACAUUCGAAGGCCUGGUGGAACCUUCCGAAAUCGACGGCGUCAAGACCGGCUGGAGAGCGGCGCUCUCACCCUCGGAUCACGAGGCGUCGAACUACGAGUUCGACUUCCUCGUUUGUGCCGAUGGCAAACGCAAUACCAUACAAGGUUUCGCGAGGAACGAGUUUCGGGGAAAACUCGCUAUUGGAAUCACGGCCAACUUCAUUAAUCGACAGACUCAGGAGGAGAAUAAAGUUCCGGAAAUUUCCGGGGUGACGUUCAUCUUCAAUCAAAAGUUUUUCCGCGACAUGCAGAUGGCGACGGGCAUCGAUCUCGAGAACAUAGUAUAUUACAAGGAUGACACCCAUUACUUCGUAAUGACGGCGAAGAAGCAGUCGCUCAUCGAACGACGAGUCAUCAUCAACGAUUAUCCCGACGUUGCGAACCUACUUAAACCAGAGAAUGUCAACAAUUCGGCUCUGCUCGACUACGCCACGGACGCGGCCCGUUUCGCCACGAAGAACCAACUCCCGAACCUGGAGUUCGCGGUGAAUCAUUUCGGACGGCCGGACGUUGCGAUGUUCGACUUCACGUCGAUGUUCGCGUCGGAGAACGCGAGCCGAAUGGUCGAGCGUCAGGGCAAGAAGCUGCUGUUGUGCCUUGUCGGCGACUCUUUGCUCGAACCAUUCUGGCCUACGGGGUCUGGCUGUGCCCGAGGCUUUCUGAGCGCGCUGGACACCGCGUGGAUGAUGAAAGCGUGGGAGAGUCAGCCCCCGGUGAAGGUGAUCGCGGAGCGCGAAUCCAUUUACCGACUUCUCAAUCAGACGAAACCGGAAAAUAUCAGCAAAGACUUCAACCAUUACACUAUCAACCCGGCCACGCGAUACAUGAAUCUAGGCGAGGCCAAAGUACUCCCGGGUGAAGUUACACAUCUCUGUGAUAUGGAGACGAUGACCUUCGAGAUACCGGACACCGAAAUGCAAAUGACGAGCAUGGCGCGGAAGAGGAUCCGAAAUCGAAGUAUUGUCAAUCCGGACAGCUUGCAGCUAUGGUGCGAGAGACAGGUGUACCAGUACGACAUCCGAGUCGACGACAUGACGUCAUGCUGGAGGGACGGAAGGGCUUUGACGGCGAUCCUCCAUCGGUAUCGUCCCGAGCUGAUCGGACAUCCGAACGAGAUCAAUCCUCUCGACGUCGCGGCCAAUUGCCAACGGGUUUUCGAUCUGUUCGAAAAAGAAUACGGAAUACCUCCGGUGAUGACAGGCGCGGAUAUGGAUGCCAGCGAGGUACCCGAUAAGCUGACCAUGGUCAGCUACCUGACACAGGUCUACGAAAUAUUCCGCGGAGCCAUUCCGAGAACGGGCCGGCCAGUUUAUAAGUUCGCCGAUCUGCUAGAGGAACACGAAAACUCUCGACCGGUCGCGCCUCGUCCCAAUCUCCGUGCCGCCGUGGAAGAGUACAGAGGAUCUAGGGCGUUGCGCGACAGUCGGAGCAAGUCAGUAUACGACGAACCUAAUCUGGCCACCAACGAGAGCUACACACCGGAGGCGGCGAAAAGGUCGAAGCUGACCGAACGUGCGCACAGAUUGCGAGCUCAUCUCGAAGCUUCGACGCGGGGUCAUGGCGGUUGCAGAUCCGACAUUGCCUCACCGCAGUUGGAGCGCGUCGUGGAUACGAUGGAUAAGCGCGCUUUCUCCGCACGGAAGGAAAGAAUCCAAGAGCAAUUCAAACUCGACUCCACGGGACAAAAGCCCGUCAGCGAGCAGCCUGGUCAUAGUCAAGUGAACACCAGGAAAAGUCUGGCAGCGGGUCAAAGGCCGACGAUCAGGGAGCUUCAGCAGCAGCUGUUCCUGGAAGAUAAACCGAAAAAAGACAGACCGCCCGGACAUUAUGUCGGCAAAAUCGGCAAGGACGACUGGAACGUUCGGCGACUCGAGGAACGGCUGAAAGAACGAGAAAAAGGGACCAAGAUAGAGAAGAAGAAGGUCGAGAAACCUCAGGUUUUCGAGGAGCUGUUUCGAGACAAACGGUCACAAAUGGAAGGUCGAUUACGAGGUGAAGCCCCAGAACGUGCGAAAUACGGCGUAAUCGACGAAAAACUACAACGGGUCGAAAGGCAGCUCAAGGACGGUGGAGUCAUUAUGGAUGCCGGAGAGCGUGGUCGAAACAAGGUGGCUGAGUUGAAAACCAUGCUCGACGUCAAAGCCCAACAGAACCGUCCUGCCCACCGUUUGAAUCCUCCGAAGGUCAACAAGUAUCUUAGGAAAGAUUAUAGCAAGGAACUCGAUACCAGCGGCUCGUCCAGUACCACAAGUUACGAAGAUUUGCCUGGCUCAUCGAGUGGGGGCUCUUGUGAACUCGAAACCGCCUCAUUCCGUACGAAAACGCCUCCAAUCGAAGCAGGGCCCAAUAUCGAUGCGGAUGCUCGUGAACGCACCCAAUCCCCACCACCCCAGGAAUCUUCAGACUUGUGUUACUUCUGCGGUCAGCGAGUUUACCUCAUAGACAGACUGAGUGCCGAAGGCCACUUUUUCCAUCGGUCGUGUCUCCGAUGCGAAUACUGCAACGAGAACCUACGCAUCGGUUCGUACGCUUACGAUAGCUCGGGUGUCUGCAAGGGGAAAUUCUUCUGCGUCGCUCAUUUCCGAAUGGAGAGACCUUCGGAGCGAUGGUCUCAGAUGAUGCGGAGGAAAGAGGCUUUCCUCCAGGAGGAGCCCAGACCGGCGCAGAUACUACCAAAGAAAGAGGAGCUCCCGACAUUGAAGAGAGAGGAAAUUCCGAAGUCAUCGACACCCAUAAGAAUGACACCCGAUCACACACUCAGACCGGGCAUCAGCAGCAGUCUCAUCGACAUCAAUCGGGAUCGAACACCCGAGCGAGCCGAAUUCGAGAACCUCGGCGACGCGUCCGAAUUGGACCAAGACGAUCUACUCAACUCGGAACUCGAAGAGGAAGAGCUCACCCAAAGAAACCUCGGCGCUACCGAAGUCCAAACCGACGACGAUCUCGAAAAUAUCAGCACUGAUGAGGACGAAGACGAGAUGAUGGUGCAAGUGGCUGUGAAGGUCGGAGAAGACGAACAACUGCAUCGCUCGUUGACAGCGGACGCCACGAGACAUCUGGCUGAAACCUGGUCGAAGAAGCACAAUCAGAGCUGUUGUGACAGUUCUGAAACGACCGACGACGAAAGCUCCACUGAGAAAGAUGACGGCGCGACGACGGACGAUGUUGAUAGCGACUACGAAUACGCUUCGGAUUCGCAUCCUUCUCAGGCAGGAGCUUCCCAGUCACUCAAAGGAGAUACGGACUCGAAGUCUACGGGAACCCACGAUGAGAUUUCAGAUGGAACUGAAGGAGACUAUUCGACGAUACGACGUAAGAAGCCAGCGGGAGUGCCGAAAGUGUCGCCGCUCAUCAUCGAUUCCUCAAAAAAGCUCAGGGACUCAGACUGCCAAGAGCGGGACGAGGAGGACGCGGAGGACGAAGGGAACUCGACAGAAGAUCUACUUACUCUCAGUAUCACGGACAGCUCAGGAGAAGAGGAGGGCCCGUACGAUGAGGAUCCGAAGAGCCCCCAGGAGGUUCCUGCGAUCGUGGUGAAUGAGGAAAUCGCUCCUCAGAAGUCUGGUGACGAGCUCUGGGGAGAACACGGCAUCCGUGAGGUUCUUUCCCUGACCGGGUUCUCGGCUGAAGGAACUUCCGCUCCAGAACGAGCGAGUUUUGCGGGAGCGCUUCUAACUCCGUCCGAUAUGCAAUCCCCGCCAGACGAUGGCUCGAGUCCUGGAGCCGCAUUCAGCGCUUCCCUAACUGAGGUGACCGAGUUCGGAGCGGAGCUCAGCUCAGAUCUGAGGGAAGAUAGCGACCCCAAGGAAAAUAUUUCCCGCCGGAGCAACGAGUCGAAGGAAUCUAAAGAUUCUCACAGAUCAAAUCCGCGAGUUCCCCCGAGAGCCAGCUGUGAUCAGAUUAAAGACAGCCAGAGCGAACCUUCUGAUCGGAAGCACCCAUGUGCAAGAGUCGACAAGAUGGAAGACGAAACCAGCGAGUCAAGCGUCACGAACACCCUCGAUGCUUCCCCUGCAUGUGAGCGGCUGAAGCCGUUUGGCAGACCGAAUUCGCUCCUCAGAAGUGAGUCCGACGCGCACAUGACCAGCGUCAACGAGGACAAAGUAUCGUCGCCCGUGACGCCGAACUCAGCGCCGAGUGCCUCGAUUGCGUCCCCGGACAAUGAGUCGAUCUCUCGAUUGGAUGAUGAUUUCCCUGUUGUGAAGAUGACGAACGAUGGCACGAUGGCUCCUGUCGCAACAUUGGAGACAUCCGACGAGGAAGAUCUCACUGUUUCUGAAUGGGCCAAGGAAGGCUCGGAGCACCUGAGUACCGUUGAAGACCUCAAUAUGCAGCAGAGAUUCCAGCCGCUUUCGGGCAUGCCUAAACUCAAGAAAGGAUAUACUUUCCACUUGAGUGGCAGUCGGAGGGACCGCAGUGAGAACGAAGAGAAAGACCGAACCCCCACAAACUCGAUGGACGAGCUGAACGUGAAUUCCACAACGCUCCCGAAGAAACCCCCAGUGCAGCAAACACUCCACGCUGGAGACACUCAACAGAAGAAUAACAUCAACUUCCUCGACAACUAUCGAACGUUACCCUUCAAAACGCACAGUUCACUCUUAGGUAAUCCGUUGGAGAGGUCCUCGAGCGCAAACCGCAUCGACGAGGCUGCGAAGAAAGCAGCCGAGAAGAAAUCACCACCUCCGAAAUUUUCUGGCUAUGGCGGUAGUUUUGCGGAGAAAGUUCGUCGUCCGACCGAAUCGGACUCGAUCUACUUGAAGAGCCUGAACAUUAAAUUGAAGAAAGUGGAUUUCCCGUCGAUACGGUCGGCCAAUUCAUCCCAGAAGGGCUCCCAGGAUGAUCUUCUGUCGGAUGAAGAGUCCGAUUCGGUUUUCCGUAGACCAGCCGAGUUGCAGAAGUCGGCGACGUCGCCAAGUGUGCUAGACCACAACAAGAACCUGCACGCCAGUCUCAGCACGGCCAAGUCGAUACGAAACGACGACCUCGGCCCGAGGUCUCCGGGUCGAAUUUCGCAACAAUCUCAAGUGUUAGCUCGCGAUCCUGUCGCUGCUCUGACGCAACUGAAAGCAGCCAACGAAGCCAGUGUCUACGAGAACGUGCACAACUUGCCAUACUUUGACGACCGGGCAAGCCUCGCCAGUUUCAAAAUCGACACCAACAACCCUCCGAUGGAUUCUGGCGGAUUCGUGACUCCGAAUUGUGAUCACUAUUCGAACAGAGGCCAGCCAACCAAAGACGCCUGGCGCUACCGUACAGGCAGCGUCUCUUCCGUAUGCAGCGUGGAUCGGGAACGCGCCCGACAGGAAGCUAGGGAACGGGCCAAGCUGAAAUCGGAUGCCGAACUUGGAAUAAGUCCGCCCUCAGCCUACCUGCGAAGGCAUACGGGACGCCUAGGCAGUGAGGAUGGGAACUGGGAAACGCAGCCAAGAGGCGCACACCCUAGGCCCCAGUCAGAGUACAUCGAGAGAACUCCGGAUCCGGAUCUGGUCCCCGUGUUCCGCGCUUCGUCUCAGAAGCCGGUCAUCGAUUCGUCGCGGAAGCCUGCCCCUAAAUCGAGCAGGACUCCCGCCAUUGCGUCUGCCAAGAAGAGGUUAUUUUCGAGCGGAGAAAACAGCCCUCCUAAGACAGCCGCACCCCAGUCUCGGCCAAGUUCGGCUGGAAACAAAGCCAAGAACGCGCUAUUCUCGCUGCUCAACUUUGGAAGCAAAAACAGUAGUGGCGGAUCGAGUGGCGCUUCACCGGACGGCAAGGCCAAUGGGGGGGAUACGAAGCCCACCACGUCGAGUCAGGGACAACAGAAGACGGGACUGAGCAAAUCACCCAGCAGCAAGACCAUGCUCUCGUCUAAACUGAAAAUCCUUUCACCCAAAACAAGCAAAUCGCCGAGAGGCUCGGUAACCUCCGUCGACAGCCGUGACGCGGUCGAUGGUCGUCGAAUGAAAAAGAACGUCAGCCUUGACAGCCUGAAAUCAUCCGGAACUUCUCCUUCGGCCGCGAAUGCGACGAAUUCCACCCGCGGUACGGCGAACGCAUCGAAAGCUUCGUCGGAAUUCUCCGUAGACCUCAGCGCCAUGAGUGGAUCCAUCCACGAGAUGCGUCUCGGCAGUAUGGGCAUGAGCACCCUCAUCUCUGGCACUGAUUUACUCUGCGAGAGCGACGAUAAUGAACCGUUUCCGGACGUUCAGGAUAUUUUGAGCGAUAAACGGGUGGAAGCCGACAAGGCGGAGAAGUUCCAGCAGCGGGUGUAUAAGCAACAAGAGCUGAAAAGGAUCCGGAUAGCUCAAGAAGUACAACGAAAACUGGAGGAAAUCGAAGUUGCUCGAGCAGGAAUCGAAGCAAGAGGGGUCGAUGUCGAGAAGGAGCUCAGGAGGUGCGCAGUCGCCGCCGAGAAAGAAGCGUUAUCCCAGGAACUCUUCCAAUUGAUGCGUCAGAAGAACAAACUCAACCGUCAGGAACAGGAGUUACUGAUCCGCGCCAAGGAUCUGGAGCUGGAAAAUCGCCAUGCUAAACUACAGAAAGAAAUGCGUGAUCGCAUGGCAAUGGAAGAUUCGAAGAAAUCACCGAAGGACGUCGAAGAUGAGAGAGUCAUCUUGCGUGAGAUGCUCGAAAUCCUCGAAAAACGAGACAAGCUCGUGGUGCUCCUCGACCAAUUAGAAUUGAAACAGCAGCGCGAAGAGCGUGAGAUCGAGAAUCGCAUGAGGGCUGCUCAGCAGAAAGGGGUUCCAAUCGUCAAUACAAUCAGCGCUUCCAAUGUGUAG